AUGGACCGCCAUACGGGCCGAGACGGGACUGCUGCACCUCUCGGUCGACGCUUUGCCUUUUCAGCGAAAUUCCUUCAGACAUGCACGCCCGGUUGCGUGGUCUGGCGAUUAGAAGGUUGGUGUCACCAUGAACUUUCCAAUGAGGACACUAGGAGGCAAACGGGCCAUCGCCGCUCAACACGGGAUGCACACGGCCCUUCUCGAGCUUCAUUUCUUGAAAAUAAUACUACCUUAUCUACCGUUGCUUUUCACAACACACUCCACUGCUAUACCGACUCUAGCACAUUCCUUUCAAACGUAUUUCCCUCCGAAAUGCCCCCGAAAUGCGCACAAGACAACAUGGUGCCCGAGGCUCAAGGACUGAAAUACAGCAAAUUCGAGAUGGCGCUUUUCUUGACACAACUGGCAUGGCGAUCCACGUAUGACGAGCGCAUGGCCUCGCAGGACCCAAACCUGACCUCAGUCACCGAAGCCCAAGGCCAAAUCCUCAAGCGAUGGAAGGCUUUGAUGGACAGCGAAAAGGAACUGGCUAGCAAAGAGGAGAACUUCUCUCCUAAUGUCAAGAGAGAAAUGGCGGUUUAUGAGUGGAGAUACAAAAGGCUGGAGGCCACAAUGGAUGCACCUCAGAAAGGAUGA